GGCGGGACAAGGGCGGUCUAGCUGUCUCGGCGGUUAAUUCUUCUUUUCUCAAGCAUUCGCUUCCCUACGUCUGGGCUAUUCUGACGCUGAGAGAGAUGGUCAGGUCUGGAUCUCGACCGGGCCAGGUGAUAUCUUCAGGAAGGCAACCCGGAUCUAAGUUACCAAAUGGAAAGAAAGGGACCCAUGUAAGAAAAAUAGCACAUUUUACUGUAGAUCCCACCUGUCCUGUUCAUUCUGAUUCAGAAAGUCAGACGGACACUGUACAGGGACUGGACGGUUGCGCUUCUUUGCUGCGGGACAUUUUGAAAAAUGAAGAUUCAGGCUCAGAAAUGGUAUAUUCGGAUAAUAGAUGCAAUUCUAAACCUUUACAAGGCAGAAAGAACAGAUCUAAGAAGAAAGGACCUGAAAAACAUGUUCCUUCAGUGGUCCGAAAAGAAAUAUUAUCAUCAGAAAAUAAGAAGUGGAUAUCCAAUGAAGCUUCUACUGGAAGUGGCACAGCACAGCAUUGGUCAGUACAAGAACACUAUAGAAUGUACUCACCGAUAAUAUACCAAGCCCUCUGUGAGCAUGUGCAGACUCAAAUGUCACUGAUGAAUACCUUGGCUUCAAAAAAUGGCUCCCGUGGAAUGCCUGCUGUGUGUCAUCCUGUGUCUAAUUCAGGCUCUCAGGCAACACCACAUCCCUCCACUUCUGUCUGGCCAGCUCGGCAGCCAUCGAGCCCUCUAAUGGUCCACUCUGAAGUUCAGACUGAUGAUGAUAACCAGUUUGAAUCACAGGCUCAAACAACCUCUAUGAAGCAUUGUGAUGUUUCCAGGAAUCCAUCUAGUGUCUAUCCUGGAGUUGCACGUGGCCUUCCCCACACUGACAGUACAGCCAUUUCAAAGACUCAGCAGCUGAAUCUUGCGAAUUGGAUUCUGCCCCAACAAAGAGCUCCUAAGGAUACAGAACUACUAACGUGUUUCCCAACACAUCUGUCUCUGUUUCCAGCUCAUGGGAAGGACGCUGUCUCGGACAGUCAGGCAAACCAAAGUCCUUCUCAAUUACAGCCAGCCUUCUUGGCCACUAAUGAAGAAAAAUGUGCCAAAGAACAAACUGGAGAGGCCACAAAUGAAGGAAAGCAUUUAAGCAUACAUGUGCAAGAUGCAAAAAUAGCCAAGAAUGUGCAGCAGGCAGAAAAUGUGAGCCAGACUGCUGAAAAAGUCAGAAUUGCCAAGUGCCUGUUGGGAGAGCUCAAGGCCCUGAUCGCAGAACAAGAGGACUCAGAAGUUGAAAGAUUGGUGACAGAAAUAGAGGCGAGCAUAUCUGGAUUUUCAGCACUGAGUGGCCACACAAAUGUGGAAGUUGAAAUAGCCAUGGCCCUGCAGCCACUGAGAAGUGAGAACACGCAGCUGCGGAGGCAACUGAGAAUUUUGAAUCAGCACCUCCGAGAACAAGAGAAAACUGAAAAGGCACCUGGUAACCUUGAAUUGUUUUCCCUUCAGUCGCUGAAUAUGUCACUUCAGAAUCAGCUGCAAGAGUCACUGAAGAGCCAGGAGUUACUACAGAGUAAAAAUGAAGAACUCUUAAAAGUGAUAGAAAACCAAAGAGAUGAAAACAAACAGUUCAUUACUUUAUUUAAAGACAAAGAGCAAGCUCUGCUUCACAGUAAACAGCAGUUUGACAUUGAGAUGACACGGGUGAAGAUGGAGUUGGAGGAAGCCUUGGCCAAUGAGAAGAACUCUCGGUUUAAGUUAGAGACUGCAGAAAAGGAAAAUCAGAUUCUGGGGAUAACACUCCGCCAACGUGAUGCUGAGGUUGCACGACUUAGAGAAUUAACCAGAACUUUACAGAACAGCAUGGUCAAGCUGCUCUCAGAUCUCAGUGUGAACACUGCCCGCUGCAGGAUGGGGAAUAGCCUAACCAAGUCACUUCUGAAUGUCUACGAUCAACAGCUUCAACAGGACCCAGCCCCUCCCCACACUUCCAUAAUGAGCUACCUCAAUAAAUUAGAAACAAAUCACAGCUUUAUGCAUUCAGAGCUACUUAACAAUGAGGAAACCAUAGAGCCAGGCAGACUCUGUGAGAAUGUGCUGCCCUCACAAAGACCCCCGCACAGUGAUGCCAGGGCAGUGGAUGGGGACUCUGCAUCUGGAAGUGUCUCUACUGCAGUGGAGGAUUCUGAUACAGAUUGUGAAGCCAUCACUGUACUAGAAGAUGGGUGUAAUGUGGACAGUACAGUUUAUAUUCCCUUUGCAAGAAGCUCUUCUAAAGAGCACUCGCCACUUUGUAAGAGACUAUCCCCCCAGCCACACAGAAGUGUGGCUGCCACACAGCUAGUCAGCAGCAGUGCUCAUGCCUCUAAAGGAGAAAGCAAACCAUGUGCACCUGCAGUGCGUUCCUCACGAAAUGAAGCAGAAGAUGCACCUGGAAACCUUUCCAGCACAUAUGACACAGAGGAUGUGGAGCUCCUCAGGAAAAUCAAAGAAGCCAUCGGUAAGAUUCCUGCUGCUGCUGAGCGCCCAGAGGAACAGGCCGCACAUUGCAGCCCAUCAGCUCAUCGCAGCCCUGGCAUUCCAGUGAAGGGCAAUGUUGUCACUGACAGCAGCUUUCUCAAUUCUGACUUGAUGUCAGACUGGAGCAUCUCCUCUUUUUCAACAUUCACGUCUCAUGAUGAACAGGACUUCAGAAAUGGCCUGGCCGCAUUGGAUGCCAAUAUUGCUAGACUUCAGAAGUCCUUAAAGACUGGCCUUCUGGACAAAUGAGUGUGGAAGAAAACUGAUUGACUGCUUUUUUUUAAAAGGGUAGAACUUGGCUACAUCCACAGUAUAUUUUGGAUUUCCUUAGAGAGAACACUUUAUAUUUUUAAUUAUGUAUGAAAUAACACAUGUAGUAAAUUUACUGUUAGACUGUUUUAACACUUGAAGCUUACAAAAAAAAUUCUCUUAAAAACCAACAGUUGCUGAGAGAAGAAAGUCGUAGAUCAGCAAGUAUUGAGUGCUUUACCUGACAGCUCCAGCUUCACAGAGAGAAUCCUUCACUGUCAUACUGCUGGGUCAGUGGUGCAGCUACCGAGGAGUUCUGGCUGUCUGGAAGGAGCGUAGGGAAAGGAGUCAGUACUGUUUAAAGUUCCCUCUCUGCUUUGGAAUAUUUGUUGUGUGUUUCAUGAUAGUGUGCUUGUGUAUGGGAAUACUUUGUGUUACAAGCCAGUGCUGUCGAUGACAUGAAUUAACAUUUCAGAGAGAAAAGAUGCCGGUGCACUCACCUCAUACAAAGCAUUGAUUUGUCCAGAGAAAUACCAAUGAUUGGUUAAUAUAUGGCCCUUAAAUCUUAGGCAUUUUAUUUACAUUUGUCCUGAAUGCAUGUUUUAAGACCUUUAAAAAUAAAGUCAGACUGAUAAGGUAAUACUAAA